AUGGCUCUGGUCCAAUUCGUCACCGUGCACAGCACGCGCCUCUUUGCGAUCCUCCUCAUCGCGGCUGCGGCUCUAGCUCUGCAUAAGCUUAUUACCCGGCGCGGCUCCGCAAAACGCCGGAACCUCCGGCUACCACCGGGCCCACCCGGCGAACCGAUCCUAGGCCACCUCCGCGUCAUACCGACCGACAAUCCGGAGUACGCUUACGCCGCUUGGUCAAAGGAGUACAGCUCUGAUGUGUUGUACUUCAACGUGCUGGGACAGGAUGUCGUGGUGCUGAACUCGGUCAAGGCAGCGGUCGACCUGCUCGACAAGCGCGGCGCGAACUACUGCGACCGCCCCCGCUUUGUGUUAUUCGAGGAGAUGGGAUGGAAGAAAACGUUGACAUUCCUCCGAUGGGGUCCCGAAUUCCGCAUGCACAGAAAGAUUCUCCAGAAGAGCUUUCAAAAGUCGAAUAUCCAGGUCUACCAAGACCUGCAGGAGAGAGAGGCCAAGACUCUGGUUGAGGGGAUCCUGAAGCAGCCUGAGGCCUGGGAAACGGCUUUGAGAAGGUUCGCUACUGCCAUUGUCAUGAACAUCGGCUUUGGGGUCGAGGUUACAAGCGACAGUGACCCAUAUAUACAAAUGGCCAUCGACGCAUCCUACGCUCUCGGCCACGGAGGGGCGCCAGCUGGCACUUUGGUUGAUUUCUUCCCAUUCAUAAAGCACCUCCCAGACUGGCUUAUCAGAGAUCGAUCUCUAAAGUUUGCCCGGGACUGGAGGUGGGCCAUCAGACGGAUUCACGACGCCCCAUACGCCGCCGUCACGGCGCAAAAGUCCCCCGAGCACAGCCUCAUUAAGAUAUUGCUCGACCAGAGAAAUACGCAGUUAAAAAGCGGUUUCUCGGAUUUAUCAGAGGACGACAUCAAAGGGGCUGCCGGGGCUGUUUAUGCUGCAGGUCAGGAUACGACUUGGUCUACGCUCGUGGUAUUCGUCCUCAACAUGGUUCUCCACCCUGAAAUCCAAGAGAAGGCCCGAAGGAUGGUCGACGACGUCGCUGCCAACAUUUGA